CCGCGAGAUCAGUUAUCUAGUCGUCGGGGAAGGGUACACACGCACGAUCUCUCGGCUCGCUGACAGCACCCCCACCGCCUCGGUCUUUGAAAAGCUACAUCAGAGGAGGAGAGAGUUCGAAGGGGGUUAAAUGAGUGACGGGACUGUUAAAGGGAUGUGGCUGUGCGGUCUCGCGUUACUCCUGCUGGUGGUCGGGAUGCUGCUGGUGGACGACGCCAGCGGUGCGCACGCGGCCAAGCUGUCCACGAGGGUGCUCAAGCCCGUCGGGAAGAACGUCACUCUCGAGGAAAGGGAUCGUGUGUACAUACAUUCCGUUGCGGACAAGGUGCGGUUCGAAGUGUCCUCCUUGAAAUGCGGACUCCGCAGAAACUUCACUGUGGACUUGGAGGCGCAAGUGAGCGUCGAGGGGUACCUCAUGGACGUCUUGGGGUUCCAGUGGUACCUGUUCUACUUCCGCACGGAGGGGGAGGCCCUUCGGCUGGUGAUAGAAGGGGUGAGGUCCUACUCGAUGAAGCUCAGGUGGCCGUCGCUGGACGCCUGCCUCUCGGGCCCCGGGCUGACCUUCGUCUUCGAUAAGAAGACCGAGGUCGCCUUGUCCUACACCUCGGACGCCAGGCACUCCAACCCGUACCCGAAGCUCCCCAGCCUGGGCUAUCCCGAGGGCGACUACAGGUACCUGCACACGGCGUCCCGCGGCCACACCAAGGGCACGUUCCACGCCUUCAUCCCCAUCGGCGCCAUGGUGCUCUUCGUGGGCGUGUGCGUGCGGUGCUGCCACUACUGCCGCUACAAAGCACAGCUGCGCAAGAGGACGCGGGGGGGCGCUGACGGCGCGAGCGCCGAGGGCGUGGAGGCGGAGGUCGCGACGCCCCCAAGUCCGCCCCCGCAUAGCAUGGACUUGCCCCCGAGGUACGACGAGGUCUGCGUCAGCGAGCCCCCGCCCCCGAGCUACGCCGAGCUCUUCCAGAUCGUCAGCAAGACGAAGCCCGGACCCGCGGCGGCGACGGAGGAGGACGGGGGCGAGAGCCAGGGCCUCCUCGAGGGCGUCCACGCGAGCCCCCCAACAGCGCCACAGAGCACGGACGCGACAGACCUCCCGACGCAGCAGCAGGCCACGCCCGCGUCGGCCUCCGCCCACCCAGAAAGAGUGACUUUGCUUCCUCCGCCGCAGGACGUGGCCGAUCCUGCCGCGCCUGCAGACCCGCCCAACCCGUCCGGCUCGGCAGGAGAUGCGUCGACCGCCCCUCCCGCAGACACCGCCGUCAGCAGAUCUUCGGCGAUGCUGAAGGCGCUGACAUCGCUAAACCAGGCUCGCAGAAAGACCCACUUCGCCUUCAGACGCCUGGUGGAGGAGAGGGACGAGCAGCGGGAGGCAGCCGCGUCUUCUCCGCCGAAGUGAUGCCAGAUACUGGUGCAUGAGCUACUUAGGCGACGGAUUGCACAACAAAGGACCAAGAUGCAUUUUGUAUCGAUACCCGGAAGGUGCAACCCCCAGUGAGGCCACAGCAACAGACGGAGAGAAGGAACACCAGUAAGAGAGAGAGAGAAAUGACAAUCAAGCAUCGGAGGGAGAGAGAGAGAGGAGAGAGAGGAGAGAAAGGGUAAGAGAGAGAAAGAGAAGGAGGAGGGAG